AUGCUGUUUCCCCCUUGCAAAGUUGACAUUGACAGACUACCAGAUGAAUUUAAAAAAGAAGGUCUGAAGGAUGAAGAAGCUGUAGCUAAAGCGAAUAAAAUUAUAGAUGGAUUGAAAGACGGUGGGGAAGCUAGAUUACCUCAUUUACGCACAUUGAGUGGAGCAGCAGAACCACCGGAAAAAGUUUUAGAUGGAAACGGAAAUGUCAUACGCCUUAUUGGUGAAGAUAAAGAUGGUAAACCAGUUGAAAUGGAAUAUUAUAAGCCAAACAAAGAUAAUCCUUCAGGACAUCCUUGGACAUUGCCAGAAGGAAAUUAUACGGGAAAAAAUAAUUGUUUGUUUAAUGUAGUCGCAGCACAAGUAGGAGAAGAUCCAAAUGAAUUAACAGAAAAUACUGCUAUUCUAAUGGAAAAUGGUAUAGAAAAUCUUGCUAAUCAGGCUCAGGAUAUUAAAUGA